AUGGCAACAGAAACAUUUGUGCUGCCAGGGGAAAUUCUGGAUCCAGCAUCCCUCCCUUCACACCCAAAAUUACCUCUCAAACUCGGUCCAGGCUUACGCCACAUCCCACCAAACACCAUCACCUCCACGGUCGCCGGUCAACUCUGUACCGACAAGCGGAAGAAUGCCGUCUGGGUCGAAUUCAACGGUAGUCGCUACAUCCCCACUGUUGGCGACCUUGUCAUAGCCACGAUCCAAAAAUCUGCCGUCGACCUUUACUACGCCAGUCUUAGCGACUACACGCCCAAUGCCUCCCUCCCACAACUCUCCUUCGAAGGCGCGACCAAAAAGACGCGGCCUCAACUCGCGUCAGGAAAUUUAGUGUACGCGCGCGUUACUUUGGCUAAUAAACACAUGGAUCCGGAACUGGAAUGCGUUUCUUCCUCGACAGGGAAGUCUGAAGGGCUCGGUCCACUGACAGGUGGCACGCUGUUUACUAUUUCAUUGGGUAUGGCGAGGAGAUUGAUGUUGCUGAAACCGGUGGAGCAGGGGAAUUUGGUGGUGCUUGAGGAACUUGGGGCUCAAGGUGUGGCGUUUGAGAUUGCGGUGGGGAGAAACGGGAGGGUUUGGGUGGAUAGCAAAAACGUUAAGACGACACUGGCGGUUGGAAAAGCGAUUGUGGAGACGGAUGAGAAGGGAUUUGAUGUUGAGGACCAGAAGAAGUUGGCUAGGAAGUUGGCAAGGGAUCUCUGA